AUGUACGGCAGCGACUACUUCCCGGAUUCGAUGCUCUGCGCGGGAAGGACGGGCCUCGACUCGUGCCAGGGCGACUCGGGCGGACCACUGUUUGGCGUCAGCGUGGCGACGGGCGAGCGCACCCUCGUUGGGGUCGUCAGCUGGGGCUACGGGUGCGGCGAUAACGGAUACCCGGGGAUCUACACGCGCGUGCAGGCGUACACCGAUUGGAUCUGCGCGAAUACCGGCGGCGCUGUCUGCUCCGGAGGAGUAGGCGCGUCUGAGGCUCCGCCUCCGGCUCCCAGUACUUCUGCAGCCACCUACUUUCUCGGGUGCGGCAGGGCUGGCUGGUGCCCCAGGGCCGAGGGGUGGAGGAGCCAGACAGAGAUGCACGCGGUGCGCUGCUGUGCCGAUUCGCAUGUCAGCGGCUGGGCGAAGAGGGGCGGGUGCUCGGUUUGGACCGAGUCGGAUCUGGGCAGUCUGGGCGGCUGCCAGCACAACAAGACGCACGCCGAGGCGACCGCCAUCUGCAUUGGGGCGGGCGCGCGCCUUUGCACUGCGGCCGAGCUGCAGGACAACUGCGCUUACGGCACGGGCUGUGGGCACGACUCCGCCCUUGUCUGGGCGAGGGACUGCGAGCCCGGCACGAUCUUUGCGGCCCUCGACGGCUGCAACACCUGCACCUGCCCGAGCAGCGGCGACCCGGCGCAAGCCCCCUGCACGGAAAUAGCAUGCGACAGCGCUUUGGUACGCGGGAGCGACGAGUACAACCCGACCCGGCCUCCGGUGGUGGACGAGUACAACCCGACCAGGCCUCCGGUGGUGGACGACGCAUCUAAUCCGCCGCCCUCCAUACGUGUCGCUGCGGAUGGGUGUCCGCAUCGGGGGGAAGCGCACGCACGCGCCGAGCUGCUCGUCACGGAUUUCGCCUACGUCCGUUGUUGCACGGGCGCGGGGAGCGAGGUCCGGUGCGUGUCGAAAAGGGCGGGCGGCGAGUGCCUCGGGUCGAGCCGCUACAGCGACGCGGAUCGGGCCUGUGCCGGCCUGGGGGGACGUCUCUGCACGCCGCCCGAGCUCGAGGCGGGUGUGUGCUGCUCCACGGGGUGCGGGUACGAUGGCAAGCGGGUGUGGAGCUCGACCUGA